AAUUCAUGACAGCAGAACACGAAGAAACCUAGUUUCUGCCUUCAUGUCCCUGCCACGCCUGUUUCCCUCCCUGCCUCACCUCGUUACCUCCCCUCACACUUCCCCCGCUGUCAUACCCGUCUUCCCCCUCCUCUCCGUUCGCUUCCUCGCUCUCCGUUCGCUUCCUCGUUCUCCGGCCACCGCCGCCGCAUCCGGAUGCCUAAAGGAGGUAGAGCCUAAAGGAAACGAGUGACAUUCCC